UCCGCGGCGGUUUUCACUUCCUCCUUGUCGGAGCUGUAUCCGGGUCGCUGUUCUCCCAUUGUCUCUGACAGUAGGCCCUCCGCUGUGCAAAUUCUGGGUCUUUUGUUGCUUCUGGUGCAGGCUAAUAAAGUUUUCUUUUUAUUUCCAGUUUUUACCCGGGCAGUUCCCCUCGCAGGGCGGCCGGUUCGGGCCUGGCGCCCCUGGCCGGGGAGCGCGGGGGAAGGGGCGCCGGGCGGGCGGGCGCGGGGCGUGGGGAGGGACAGUAGCCCACCCCCGGGGUCGCCCCUGCUUGGUCGGCGCACCGCCCUGCCUCGGUAGCUGCUCUCCGACCUGUCUCCUUGGUCCUCUGCGCGUCCCUGCUGCCUUGCCUCUUGCAGCCUUCCCUAGCUCUCCAAACGACCACCUCACGGAUUCCUUAUGGAUCGCAGCUCCAAGAGGAGGCAGGUGAAGCCUUUGGCCGCUUCUCUCCUGGAAGCUCUUGAUUAUGAUAGUUCAGAUGACAGUGAUUUUAAAGUUGGAGAUGCUUCAGAUUCUGAAGGGAGUGGUAAUGGAAGUGAAGACCCUUCAAAGGACAGUGGAGAAGGUUCCUGUAGUGAUUCUGAGGAAAACAUUUUAGAAGAAGAACUGAAUGAAGAUAUUCAAGUAAAAGAAGAACAGCUUAAAAAUUCUUCAGAGGAAAUAAUGCCAUCAGACAAACAGUUAAUUAAAAUGGAAAAGAAGGAAGAAGAAGAAAAUGGAGAAAGACCUAGAAAGAAAAAGGAGAAAGAGAAAGAAAAAGAAAGGGAGAAGGACAAAGAGAAAGCAACAGUAUCUGAUAGUGCAGCUGCUUCUGCUGCUGGCACCACACCAGCCACAAGCCCUCCUGCUGUCACCUCCCCUUCUGUCCCUACCACCACCACCACCACGGAGGAACAAGUCAGUGAGCCCAAGAAAUGGAAUCUUCGUCGGAACCGUCCCCUGUUGGACUUUGUAUCCAUGGAAGAACUGAAUGAUAUGGAUGACUAUGACAGUGAGGAUGAUAAUGACUGGAGACCUACUGUAGUAAAGAGAAAGGGGAGAUCGGCAUCUCACAAGGAGGGCAGUGAUGGAGACAAUGAGGAUGAUGAAGAUGAGGGAAGUGGGAGUGAGGAAGAUGAGAAUGAUGAGGGCAAUGAUGAAGAGCAUAGCAGCCCUGCUAGCGAAGCAGGUGGCAAGAAGAAGAAGAGGAGUAAAGUUCUUAGCAGAAACAGUGCUGAUGAUGAGGAACUGACCAAUGAUAGCCUGACCCUAUCUCAAAGCAAGAGUAAUGAGGACUCUCUGAUUCUUGAGAAGAGUCAAAACUGGAGUUCUCAGAAAAUGGACCACAUUCUGAUUUGCUGUGUUUGUCUUGGAGAUAAUAGUGAAGAUGCAGAUGAAAUAAUUCAGUGUGAUAAUUGUGGCAUUACAGUUCAUGAAGGUUGUUAUGGAGUCGAUGGGGAGAGUGACUCUAUUAUGAGUUCGGCUUCUGAAAACUCCACUGAGCCUUGGUUUUGUGAUGCCUGUAAAUGUGGUGUAUCUCCUAGCUGUGAACUAUGUCCUAAUCAGGAUGGGAUUUUCAAGGAGACAGAUGCUGGAAGAUGGGUCCACAUCGUUUGUGCCCUAUAUGUUCCUGGAGUAGCUUUUGGAGAUAUUGAUAAAUUACGACCAGUAACACUAACAGAAAUGAACUAUUCUAAAUAUGGUGCCAAGGAGUGUAGCUUUUGUGAAGAUCCUCGCUUUGCUAGAACUGGAGUCUGCAUUAGCUGUGAUGCAGGCAUGUGUAGAGCCUAUUUCCAUGUCACCUGUGCCCAAAAGGAAGGCCUGCUAUCAGAGGCGGCAGCAGAAGAGGAUAUAGCAGAUCCAUUUUUUGCUUAUUGUAAGCAGCAUGCAGACAGAUUAGACAGAAAAUGGAAAAGGAAAAACUACUUGGCUCUACAAUCCUAUUGUAAAAUGUCAUUGCAAGAGAGAGAAAAACAGCUGUCCCCUGAAGCACAGGCAAGGAUCAAUGCCCGACUACAGCAAUAUCGUGCCAAGGCAGAGCUGGCUCGAUCUACCAGACCACAAGCCUGGGUUCCAAGGGAAAAGCUACCCAGGCCACUCACAAGUAGUGCUUCGGCCAUUCGUAAGCUUAUGCGCAAAGCAGAACUGAUGGGAAUCAGUACGGAUAUCUUUCCAGUGGACAACUCAGAUACUAGUUCUAGUGUGGAUGGAAGGCGGAAGCAUAAGCAGCCAGCUCUCACUGCUGAUUUUGUGAAUUACUAUUUUGAGAGAAAUAUGCGCAUGAUUCAAAUUCAGGAAAAUAUGGCUGAACAAAAGAAUAUAAAGGAUAAAUUAGAGAAUGAGCAAGAAAAGCUUCAUGUAGAAUAUAAUAAGCUCUGUGAAUCAUUAGAGGAACUGCAAAAUCUGAAUGGAAAACUUCGAAGUGAAGGCCAAGGGAUAUGGGCCUUACUUGGCCGAAUUACAGGGCAGAAGUUGAAUGUACCGGCAAUCUUACGAGCACCUAAGGAAAGGAAACCAAGUAAAAAAGAAGGAGGCACACAAAAGACAUCUGCUCUUCCUACAGUGCUUUAUAGUUGUGGAAUUUGUAAGAAGAACCAUGAUCAGCAUCUUCUUUUACUGUGUGACACCUGUAAACUGCAUUAUCAUCUCGGCUGCCUUGAUCCUCCUCUUACAAGGAUGCCGAGAAAGACGAAAAACAGUUACUGGCAAUGCUCAGAGUGUGACCAGGCAGGGAGCAGCGACAUGGAAGCAGAGAUGGCCAUGGAAACCUUACCAGAUGGAACAAAACGAUCAAGGAGACAGAUUAAGGAGCCAGUGAAGUUUGUGCCACAGGAUGUCCCACCAGAACCCAAGAAGAUUCCAAUAAGGAACACGAGAACCAGAGGACGAAAGCGAACCUUUGUUCCUGAGGAAGAAAAACAUGAGGAAAGAGUUCCUAGGGAAAGGAGGCAGAGGCAGUCUGUGUUACAGAAGAAGCCCAAAGCUGAAGACUUAAGAACUGAGUGUUCAACUUGCAAAGGAACUGGAGAUAAUGAGAAUCUCGUCAGGAACCUCAGCUGAUGCUGCUCAGUGGCUACUCCUCAAGCUUCAAAGACUUUGUAUCUCUGGCUAAAAGAAGAAACUACUCAAAGUGAUGGGGGGAGGUGGGGCAUGGAUGGAAAGCAAAAAGUGCUCAUUUAAGAGUGUCUAGUCUUUCAGGGGCCAAUGACACACAGUGUGGAACAGUGUGACACACAGUGUGGAAGGGAGCAUUUUCUGAGUUGUUUUAGAAAUGAUGUUUAAUAAAUCUAUAGUCAAUUAACUGGGGACAAAGAAAGUAAACAUUUCAAAAGGAAUAAAAAAUGAUAAAACACAUAUUUGUAUUGUAUGAUUUAAAACAUUAACUAUUAAAAUGGCGUCAUGUAUUUCAGUCACUAAGAAUAUAACUUCUCAUAAAAGGCAUUGAGUUAUAAAGUUAUUAGGUUUGUUUUUUUUUAGAAGAUUAGGAGGAAGUAAAAAUUCUAGUGAAGAAGUAAAAGGAUAAGAACUGCUCUAUAGAUGAAGUCCUAUCACAAGUUAAAUUUCUCUCAGCUUUGAGAAUUACCCCUGAAUAGUUGUCUUCCCAUUAUGGAUUUUUGAAGACUGUCAGUGGUGAUACCAGAAGCAUAAGUAUGACUUAGUUGUAUUCAUAAAACUAUGACUUUUUUUUUAAUGAUAGCCACAUAUAAUUAACAAAACUCAAUGAAAGGAAAUUCCCUUGCGCUGGGGAUACGGUUGGGGAGCUUGAUGAAUUUGAAAUUCCCCAAGCUUUCAUGCUGCUGACCCUCCUUUAACUAUGGGAAUCUCUAUAGAACAUUAUCUUCUGGAUCAUUUAUGUUAGGAUAUAUAGAUUUUUACUGGGUUGUAUUAUUUUUUUGAUAUAUUUGAUAAUAGAAAUGAAUACAGUUUUUAUUUCAAGAAGAUCUUUUUUUCUAGGGUAUUUUCAAACGAUUAUAUUUUAGUUGUCUUUCAAAAAAUAGGUUUCAUCUUUCUUCUAGAAUUGUUAAGAUUUUUUGAGAUUAUUACCCUUCUUAUCUAUUUCAUGGCUUUCUUCUAGAACACUUAUUCCUACUCACAUUAUUACAAUAAAUAGCAUCUAGAAUUUUAUCAGUUUUUGGAAGGUGACAAUAUUUGCUACUCUAGAAUUGAUAAUAUAGAAAGCUAGCUUCUUUCUCUGGUUUGCCUUAUUAAGAGAGAGGAGCAUAAACCAUCUGUAAAACUUUUAAAGGAAUUUAUAUGUAUACAAUUCAAUGUUUUCAUUAAUAUUUUCUAGGUUAAAAUUGGAUAUGAGGUAAUAUCACAAGUGUUUUGUUUUGUUUUAAGAUUUUCUUUUUUAUAUGAGUACACUGUCUCUUUCUUCACACACAUCAAAAGAGGGCAUCAGAUGCCAUUACAGAUGGUUGUGAGCCACCAUGUGGUGGCUGGGAAUUGAACCUCUCUGAGAGCAGUCAGUGCUCUUAAUCGCUGAGCCAUCUCUCCAUGCCCACAAGUGUUUUUUAGUUGUAACGUUAUCGUUUUUUUUUAAAAAUAUGUCCAGUUUAGACACCACUGUUCUUGGAUUUAAAUAUUUUAUAUAAAAUUUUGUUUGCUUAGUAAAAUUAAUUUUAUACUUAAUAUUUGUCAGUUUGUCUGGCAUCUCAUUUAUUUUGGAAUUGGCACCAUUAUUUGAAAAAUCCUUUCUCCAAGGUCAUAUUUUUAUGGUUGUUUUGUACCUUUAUCAUGCAUGCAUAGUAUUUUAUCUCUGAUUUUAAUAUACCUAAUUUAUUAGUCACAGACACUUAUUCAUUUAAUUAAUUAAUUAACUAAUUAAUUAAUUAAUUUGCAAUCUUAGGGAUUAAACCCAGGAUUUCAUGAUGAUCUCUUAUAUAUGACUUUUUUUCUUGUAAAGAUACAUUUUAAGGGCAGGGAGAUAGCUAAGUCAGCAGGCUACUUACUAUACUAAGAAACUAAGUUAUAUUCCCAGUAUUCACAAAGAAGCUGUGUGUGUAAGACUUUGAGUAUAAUCCCUUUGCUGUGGAGGAAGAGAUCGUGAGGCCCACUGACCUGCUGCUGUGGCUUUAUCAGGGACCUCUGAUCUCAAUGAGAAACAUUGCCUCAAGUAAAUGCUAUUAUGUAUUUUUGGAAAUGAUUAAAUUAAUUUCACCAAAUGAGAGAAAUAGGAUUAUCAAGGUUAUAAAAAUAUUUAAUUUGCCUUUAAUAUAAUCUUGAGGAAUUUUUAAAAACAGUACUUCCAUUUCCCAUCUUUUAUUAUGUUUUUCAUCAGAUAUUUUCUUUAUUUACAUUUCAAAUGUUAUUUUUAAACUUAAACAUUACCUGAUAAAUUUGCCCUCUAGAGAAAGUACCCAAGGAGCUAAAGGGGUCUGCAACCCUAUAGGUGGAACAACAUUAUGAACUAACCAGUACCCCAGAGCUCUUGACUCUAGCUGCAUAUGUAUCAAAAGAUUGCCUAGUGGGCAAUCACUGGAAAGAGAGGCCCAUUGGUCUUGCAAACUUUAUAUGCCUCAGUACAGGGGAACACCAGGGCCAAGAAGUGGGAAUGGGUGGGUAGGGGAGAGGGGGGUGGGGGUAUGGGGGACUUUUUGGGAUAGCACUGGAAAUGUAAAUGAAAUAAAUACCUAAUUUUAAAAAAAAAUACAGUUAAAAAGCUAAAGGACUACUUGAGGCCUGUUAAAUUGUGAUAUCUCUCUGUGAACAUACUUGCUUUGAUAAAGAUGUUCUAUAUUUAGAUUAUCCAAUUGCUGAUGCCGUUUCCUUUUUUCCACCUAUUAUCCUCAGAAAUACUUGAUAAAUGAAUCACAUGCACUUAAUAAACUCCAUAGAAGCAUUGACUCUUUUUUAUUUAAUAAAAAUAUUAUGAUUAAAUUUAAUCUACGAGGAUCCUCCGAAAUACUUGAUAAACGAAUCACAGGCACUUAAUAAACUCAUAGAAGCAUUGGCUCUUUUUUAUUUAAUAAAAAUAUUAUAAAAUUUAAUCUAUGAGCAAAUCAGGUCACUGAAUAUAAGAACAUGUAUCUAGUAGGUGUGUUUUAAAAGUUUAAAAUGAGAAUUGCUUUUUGGUACAAUUAGAAUGCAUGCACACUUAUGUGUAUAUGUGUAUUAGGUAAGGAAGCAAAUUUGGUAUACCUAUAAAAGAGUAGACAUGGAAGAAUUUUUCUCUUUCAAAGUAUUUGAUUCUUUAAAAGUUGAAUUUUGGAGAUAAGCAGUCCUUUCAUCUCCAUGAGCUUUUUACUCUGCUAUUAAAUUGAGAGCAAGACUGAACUGUAAGCCUCAAAGUUUAUAUUAACCAGGUAAACACAGUGUGGCACCCUUUCCUCCUGUGUGAGACACACCAGGAAAGAGUCUAGAAAAUUCUUAUCUGUGAAUUUUCUUAAGCUGAUGCCUUUUAUUUUAUUUUGUAUAUAGCUGUUAGAAGCAUGCAGAUAGGAAAUAAUCUGUGAAGCUAUUUCAGUUUUAUAGCUAAUUCUGCACUAUUAAUUGCAUGCUGGAAUCUCAUCUGCGUAUAUGGUGAGUUUAUAUAGAUACUGAACCAUUUUGGAUAUAAGGUUAGCUUGAUGCCUAAGUAAUGCUAUCAGCAUUUUGAUUUUUUUUUUCACAUUUUAAAUGUCUGACUUCAUAAUGUUUUUUCCGAAACUAAAUUUGGUUGCAUCAUUAAACUAUCAGGGAUACCAGCAAGAAUUCAUGUAUAAUAGAUUUUAUUUCAAGUAUUCUCUAAUGAGUCUGAGUAUUUAGAUUUUUAAUUAACUUUUUUGUUUGUUUGUUUUAGCUAGUGUAUAGGGUUGUAAAUUUCCUGGAUCAUAAUUGAGUUUUUCUCUUUGAGAUUUGAUUGGACUGAUUGUGAUCCUGAAUUUGGCUGUUAUUUUGUUAACUAUUUUCAAAGAUAUUUUUUCCUGUUCUAAUACUGUACAUGGUAGGCAAGUGCCCUAUAAUCCUGGCCCUAUAAACAUGGUCAUUAUUUCCAUGUUAUUGAAUAUCACUAAAAAUAGAUCACUCAAGUUACUUUAAAAAUAUUCUUUUGGUUUUUUUUUAAGGAAAGAUAGAAUUAAAUUUCAUAGAAUUCUUACACUGCUUUGUUUAUAGAAUUUCUUCAUUACUGGCUUUUUAUAAACUUCUAAUAUCAAAAUUACUAUUUUUAUUGAAUGACUAUUGUAUGCAUUGUGCUAGUGACUGAGCAAGGUCUAGCUCACACUAGGUAAAUGCUCCUCCCAUCUUUCUUCAUUGCUGUUUACAAUCUCACUAAAUUGCCUUCUUCUGUGCUUUAACAAAUUAUUUUAAUACUUUGACAGCAUACUUAGUGUUCCUACUUCUCAUGGUAGAUUGAAUAUGAAAGGCAAAGCAGAAGUACCAUAGCUACAUAUCUUUGAUGUAUUUAUUUCCUAUAAUUCAUAUCCUGAAACUAUCUUUUAAUUUUAACAGGGUUCAUAUCAAAGCAGAAGAAAAAAAAAAACAGUAUUCCAAAUCUAGACUGAAUCGUAAGGGAGUGCUUGUAUUUAAAUGAAGGUUUAUAAUUAUGACCACAUAGUAGCUUUAUGUUCUGAAUUUUUAACAUUUUGGUGAUGUGGUGGGGAUGAGUUUUGAGACAGGGUUGUCUAGGCUGGCCUGGAAGUGUAGACUAGACAGGCCUUAAAUAUACAGUGAUUCUUUUGCCUUGAGUUCCUGUGUGGUGAAACUGACAAUUGUGUGGUUUAUUUUUAAAACAAUUUUAAACCACAGUUUUAAUAGUCAACUUUCCUGUUGCUUUAUAAUUUAAGUUUAGUAAGCCUCUUCGAAUGGAAGCUGGUUCUCCAGCUGCUCUGUCUCUGAUUACUCUAGGACAAUACAAACAAAUCCAUAAAUAGCCCCUGUUCCCUUGAUGAGUAAGCAAGUGUCCUGUUUAAACACCUCUGUUGAGCUGUAAUUUUCAUCCCUUAAGUUUUCACUUCCUUCAAUUUGUUACUUUUUUUUAUUUUUUGAAAUGAUAUCUUUUACUAUAUAGCUGUACCUGGCUUUUAGUAAAAACUGAGUAGUUUUUUUCUAUAUUUUAGGAGGCAAUAUUGUGUAAUAAACUAUUUAUAAUCACUGUUGGCUUGAACCCUUUGUAAUUUGUGAACUUUGCCUUCAUCUCUUUUUGGUUUAAUUUUACUAUUAAAAUUUACAGACAAUAAUGCCUGCUAUUUAGGUUGUCUGGAAUGAUAAAUGUGAUGAUGUAAUGCAAGAUUAGGUAAUGAUAAACAUUCCACGUGUACUAAUUAGAAAACAUGGAAUUUUUCAUCUCAUUCUAUGUGUUCAUCUUAAAUAAUUUUGCUACCUGGCAAGGCAGGCAAUGUCAUUACUACUGAGAUGGUUUUGGUGAGAAAAGGCACAGAGUCAAGUUACUUCCCAAGUUGUAUAACUAAAAAGUAAUGAAUUCAAGCUUGUACCAUCUCACUCCACAUUCCACAAUGUUUGAUAUUCUAUGUUUUAGUUCCCUGCUGCUUAAAACUUGUGUGUGAAUUCCACACACGUUGCAGAAGCCAUUAAUCCUAAUAUUUGUGGGGCAGGGGCAGGAGAAUAAUUGUUAGAGACCAGUCUGAGUUGCAUAGUCCCAUAGUGAAACUCUCCCCCCUUCCCCCCAUAAAUAAAUAAGUAAAUAAUAAAUCCUUGUAACAGAUUUGUGUACAGGCUAGU